CAUUAAUUGAGCUAAAUUCAGCUAUUUUUCAGGGUCAAUUGUUUGUUGUUCUUUUCUUUUAUGACCUAUUUUUGGGGCUUUUCAUUAGCUGUCAAAUUAUGAAGCUUUGUUUCAAAUUGAACAUGAACAUGCUUUGACUGGUUAGAUUUGAUUGCUAAUAAAAAUGUAGAAAAUAAAAGGAGAAGAAUUUGAAUUAUGUUGUGUAUUUAUUUUAAUUAGGAAACGUGCUGGUGUCUCACCUUAUAAUUGAAUAAUGGCAAUAUUGUAGGCCAGAUUCAAUGGAACAAGAUCCCUCUUUCUUUGGGGUUAUACGGCUUUAUUUUAAUUCAAAAUUCAAGGAAAAUAUGGCCUUGACAUUUACCCCAUUGUCAUGGUUGCUUUGGAGUGGAAAGCAUCAAGAACCUAAAAUCUCAAAUGGUUCAUCUUCAAAUUCAUCACCUGAUUCAGGAUUGUGGGAAUUGGAUACUUUGAAGUUCCCUCUCGACCGAAGGAGGAACAUGACUUCCUCAUCUAGAAAGGUUAAGCGAAAAUGGCAGAGUCGUGAGGAGCGAAAGAUUGACAGGGAAUAUGAUAUUGUUAUUGUUCCAUCGGACGGAGGAUGUGUUUCAGGGUCUGAGUCUGAUGAUUCAGACUGGUCGGUUGGAUGGUUGGAACCUCACGGCCCUGGAUUUCAUAGCGACGAUGAUUCAGAUGAUAGUUUUGCUGUGCUUGUUCCUUGCUAUGGCUGUGGUUGUGCUAAUGUGGAAGAAAAUGCACAAGACAAGUUUCUGCAAGCCGUGGGAAACUUGAAUGAUAUAUAUGCCACUGAAUUGGCUUUGAAGAUGUGUGACCUCUACUUGCUUCUUGAACAUUGGUGUAAAUUUGCAGUGGAAGGAGAAGUAAAGAAACGGAUGACGGAAAAGACAGAAUUCUUGAAAACAAAAGAAGCAAAAGGAAUGGUUGUGUGUUAUGCUUUUUAUCAUUUUUUAUGUAAAUAUCCGUGAAUAUGUAAAUAUGUUCAUCCAGUUGUAAAUAUGUCCAUCCAGUUGUAGAUAAGUUGUUUGAUUGAUAACCUUCAUAAGUAUACUGUAAAUAAUUGGAAACUUAUGAUUGCAUAAAAAUGGCACUGCUGUUUAAUGGUGAUAUUUUCAUA